AAAUACUUUUAACAUGGAAUCCAAGAAGUGUUUCUGUAUUUCCUUAGAUUGUUAAAAAAUAAUAUCUAAAUUUAAAGGAAGUUUAUGCUUAAUUUAAACUCAUAUCUUUGACUUUGAGAACAACACAUUUUCCCAAAUUUUACUUAGUACAUUCUCUUAAUAGUGCUUGUGAAAUGGCUGAGCAAGAGUCACCUAAAAGUUCUAAUACUGACCUGCAAAGUCACCAAUCGACAACGUCGACUUCAAACUCCAAGUUUGAAAAGAUAUCAGACGAUGGAAGGAAAAAUAAAACUAGUAUAUAUUGUCAGAGAUGCCCUAGCCUUGUAUUAUCAGCCCAACAAGCCACACUAGUCCAUAAAGAGGUAACUUUUAUCUUUAAACUAAAGCAAUAUAUAUAUCCAUUCCUUUCUUAGUACCGGUAUCAAAAUUGUGCAUUUAGGCCUACUUAGUAAGUUAGUAGUAAGUUAUAGUCUUCUUAAAAGCAGAUCUACUUUUUUUGAUAAUCUAUCACUUGAGCAUCAGUAAUGGACAAAUCCUGUUCCAGUUUGAAGUGCUUUUUACUGUUAUUUUUUUAUUGAUGUCCGUUACAUGGACACAGUGUCACUGGAUUUCAGUGGAAUAGAAAGACUAAGACUAAGAGAGUAGUUGCUGUUUGCUCGUCGAAGUACCAGACCAAUGUGAGAUCACUUUAUAGCAGUGCAUAGAAAUAUAUAGCCUUCCAGGCUCACUUAUUGUAUUGGAUGGAAGGGUGGCUUAUGCCAGCAUAACCAAGAUCAGACAUGGAAUAUACGAACACGCCAUUGUGGUCCAUCAACAAAAUUUUGUUGUUCCAGAUGAUGCCGGUCUCCACACUCAGAGCUAAAACUGAAAAGACAGUUUAGCACAAGCCGUGAUCUUUUCCCAUCUAUUUGCAUGAGUUCAGGUUCCGCAACCAUUUUCUUGGAGAUGAUAUUUUCUUAAAAUUUCAUUGUUACCUUGGGGAAGAACUAUGUUCUCACUCUGUUGUCUUUUCAUAAAUUAAAUUGCUUAAAUUUUAAAUUUAAAAAAUUUUAAUAUUGUUUUAAAUUGUUUAAAUUUUUGCAUUAAAAAAAAUAAUAAAUUCUUAAAUUAUAUAUUUAUGUGCUGAAAUGAAUAUGUACAAUGUUAUAAAAAACAUUUUUAUCUAUUUGGAUCAAUGAAAAUAAUUUAAUCUUAUCAAUAAAACAAUAACCAUUUAAAUAGCACUUUAAACCGGAAUAACAUGAUUUUUUAAUAACCGACACUGAAGUGGUAGAUUACUCUUAUUUCUAACUAAAAAUAAAAAUUGGCAUAAAUCUGCAUAAAAUAUAUUUUUGGCCUGCACUACCUCAAUACGUUCUCUCUGAAAGAGAAACUAACACAAGAGGUCAAUAGGCUUUGUUUAAUGUCGGGGUAUACGACUACAUAGUAAAAGUACCAUACACAUUACAGAUACAAUAGUCUACAACUAAUCAUUUACUAAUCGAACAUAAUAAUUAUGUAUUUUUUAAAAUAUGACACACUUGUAAAUUGGUAUAUUUUACUUUUUGAAAAUUUAUAUUUUAAAAACUGACUAAAUUCAAAGGCUAUAAAAUAAUGGUUAUCUACCACUUGAGCAUCAGAUAUGAACAAAUCAUUUUGUUCCCUUUUGAAGUGCCAUUUAAAUAGUUAUUCUUUUAUUUAUCCAAAUAAAUGGAACAUGUUUUUUUAUUACAUUUUACAUAUUCUUUCAGCACAUAUAAAAAUUAUUUAAAAAAUACAUCAAUUUUAAAAUAGAAAAAUUUAAACAAUUUAAUGUAUGAAAAAGAAACAGAGUUUGAGUUUAUAUCAUCUCCACAAAAACGAUUGCGGAACAUGAACUAAUGCAAAUAUGAAGGGAAAAUAUUGUGGCUUAUGCCAAACUGACUUUUCAGUUUGCACAUUUGCGUGCAUCCACAUAUUUUUAACAUUCUGUGUGUGGACACUAGUGUCUUUUGGAUAUAAACAAAAUUUUGUUUAUGAAAAACAUCAAAGUAUUCUUAGAUUCUGUGUCUGAUCUUGUUUAUGUUUGCACAAGCCGCCCAUCUCUCUGAUACAGUAAGUGAGCCUCUUUGCACUCUUGUAAAGUGAUUGCAUGUCCAUCUGGCAAUUCAAAAAGAAACAGUGCCACUCUCUCUUUCUAUGCCACCAAAAACCCAGUGGCCCUCUCCACUGUAAUAUUAUUAAAUAUUAACGGACAUCAAUAAAAAAUAAUUGUUUAAAUAGCAAUUUAAACGGUAACAAGAAGAUUUUUUCACAACCAACACUGAAGUGGUUGAUUACCAAAACAACAUGUCAUCAAGUCAAUGGUUAAUGUUUCAUAUUUAUUGUCAAACAGUUUUUUUGUAUUUGCAGAAAUAAUAUGCAGUAAUAUAUAGUCUAUCCCCGUGACAACUUAUAAGUCCACCGCUCCCCGUGUGAACUGAUUUGUACCACUAAACACAGAGCAGACAAAAAAUUCAGUUAAUAUAAUUAGUAUAAUUUUGCAAUGGGUAAACUUUUAACCUAAUUUUUCACCAUAUUGUCAUGAAGAUUGAAGAUUUUAAAAAGAAACCCUCUAAUUGCUAUGUGGAUUUAAAGUGUUUGCUGGAAGUUUCCAGCUGAAUUAAAUUAAUACCGGUACCCGGUAAAAAAAAGAUUAUAAUACAACUUACAACACUCACUGAUUUUGGCUCCAAAUAAGGUCUACUUAUACAAUGAAGGAGACCACACCAUACUUUAGUAGACCUGCUAUGAUAUUAUGCUGUCUUAAUAGGCCCUAUUAACGAAUAAUAUUAAUGAAAUCGUGCUCAGUUGCUAAUUUUAGAUGGUCUGCAGAUCCUCAACUUGGUCAUUUUAAAGAGAGCAAAGGGAUUUAAACUUCCUGUAGUCCGAAUUGAAUUUAUUACACCAACAGUUUUGAUCCUAUGUCUUUUCUAAAUCCAUUGAAAUCUGUACUAAAUCCUGUAUAGCUGUACAACUCCGUAAAUGUAUAAAAACUGUACAAAGUACAGGUAAAUUGUACGGAGUGGCAUGUAUGGCAGUGGUAAACUUGUGUGGAUGUCCAAGGAUUAGCUAUGUUUAUCCAUCCUGGUAAAUGCAGCCUUUAGGUUGUUCCAUAGAUUUGAUACAGAGUAAGUGUAGGCAGAGACUAGUCUUUCCAGGUGUCCCACUAAGCCACAUCAAUCAUGAUAGCCAUUGCCCUGGACGGACAGUUGGACUUAAGACCUUGAUAUUCAUACAAUCCUGCAACUGCUCUGAUUUUUCAAAUCUUUUUUUUUCACCAAUUUUUCUAAAAUUUUCUACUGAGAGUUAUGAUCCAAAGAAUGUAGGUCUGGGUAGUAUUUUAGGUAUAAAGCACCAUUAAAUUCCAGUUUACUGGUUCAUACUGUCCAUGAUGUCUUGGGUGAUUUAUUUUUUGGAAAUAAAUUUUAGAAUGGUUGUGAGCAAUAAAUUUGGUGUUUUGUCUCAUCCGAAAAAUAAAUGACAAACCAAAAUGCACAUAUGACAAUAAAACGUGUGGCAAAUAUACUUGUGUUUUGUGUAUAAAAUAUUUUCCUAAUUUUAUUUGCUAGGAAUAAAAUAUUUAGAAAAUUCUCUUUGAGCGUCUCUAAUAUCUCAUCCAUAAAAACAUCUUUGUUUUCCCCAUUAUGUUCUGGCACUGAAGCAUAUUUUUAAAAAAAGAAAUUUCUAGUAUUUCCAUAAAAUUAGGCUAAUCAUUCAGUUUUAAAGCAAUAAAUAAAUAUUAAAAAUUUGUAUGUAGUACAGGUAGUUGAAAUUCAAGUUUUAAAAUUUCAGAUAAAAAGUUUUCAGUUCAAAUGCUUUUAAUAUCUCAGCCUCAUGUGUAAUGCAUUUGUGGUCUUUUGCAGUUUUUCCUUCCAAACAUGUAUCAAAAGAAUGAGUCUGCACCAAUAGAAGGUGUAACAUUAGUAGACUUCUGGCAUGUACCUGACAUGCUCACAUUUGACAAUGUGGGCUUUUCAAAAACAGUAAGUGAAUGACAACUAAAUAUAAGUUGAUAUAAGGUUUAUUUAAUGUUAAAACAAGUAAUGCUCAUACAAUUAAAAGACAAAUAUGGAAGAACUAAGCAGUAAAUCACUAAAUAGGUUUAGUAUCAUUUGAGUUAAUUUCUUAUAGAGGCUCCAUUGGUCACAUAUUUAAAUCUAUUUAUUAAUUCAUUUAUAUUUGGAGUACCCAUCUUUUGAAAAAUAUUGACUAAUAUUUAAAUGAGUUUGUAAUUGUACUAUACAUUCCAGGUUGACAAUAUCAAGUACUUGAUGUGUGCUGAUUGUGAGGUGGGACCCAUAGGCUGGCAUUCGGUUCAUGACAAAAAAUCUUACUAUAUAGCAGUUGAUAGAGUAAAACAUGGAUGACAAGACGCCAGAGUUUUAGCACACUUGUCACUCACUGUCCAGUCUAAGGCUGUAAUUUAAGACAUUGCUUUUGUUACUAUUUGUUGAUGUUGUUGUAAUAAUGAUGUUACUUAAUUUUUUAUACCCUAAAUGUUAUCUUGUACAUACCACUGUUAAAUGUUGUAUUGAUAAGUCUAUGUGAUACUUUUCAUUGUUGAUGGACAUUUGAAUCAGUUGUAUGUUUGACAAAUUUUCCAAAUCACAAUUCAUUUAAGGCAGACACAGUUUUAUUGAAUAAAGUAAAUUUUAUUGAAAUAUGAAGGUUGAAUCUUUGAAAAAGUAAUGAAAAUGGGUACCGGUACCACCAUUAAUUGUUUUGAUGUCUCCUUUCAUCCAAAGAUACUCUUACUCUUAUGCCGUAAUAAAAUAAAUGUCUUUAAUGGUGUGUACUUUGAAUGGUCUUAUUUUUGCCUGGAACCUUAUGAUCUAAUUCAAUUGUGUAUUAAAUGUUGACCUUUAUUUUAACGACUUUAAAAAGUUCUUCAAGGCUUAUAGCACCAUUAAGUUCUUUGACACUUAAGUUUCUCAGUUCAAAUUUGUGCGGUUAGGGGUAGUUAUUUUUAACUCCUGUAAACAAAAUGGAUGUUCAGAAUGCAAUUUUAUUUUUAAAAAAUUCUUAGUGUGACUUAAUAUUACUUUUGUUUUAUAUUUAUAAAUUCUUUAUUAUAGAUGAAUAUGGAUAAACAUUUUAGCAUUCGUAGAUGAAAAGAGGCAAAAAAAUACUCAGCAUUUGUAAAUCGAUUAUGAGUAUGUUGUGAAAACAAUUAAAAUUCAUAAAUAAU